CUUUGCCGCAAUUUUCCAUUUAAGUGUCGGACUACUCUGCUGUCUGAAAUUGAUGAAUUCGUGCGUGAGCGUAUAGUGCUUGCAGGCCGAGCUAUCGAGUCCCGAGCUGCCUCUUCCAUCCGGCCCGGCGAAUGUGUAGCCAUCUUUGGCUACUCGAGUCUGGUAUCUCGUAUCCUAAUUCAUACUUGGCGUCUCGCUCAGAUGGUUCGUCUUGAGAAACUUACGGUUAGUAUUCCCCUCAAAGGUUAUUGCUUCUCUUACUAUCAUAUGUUUUCCAUGUUUCUCAUUUAUAUACUUAACUCUGCUACCACCACUACCACUCCUGGCGACUCUAGGACCCUAAGCCUGACCUCUGGACAGCCUAGAACAAGCAUGACACAGGGCGAAUUUAGCGUCCUGGUUGUUGAUUCUGGCCCCCACUUUGAGGGUCGUCGGAUGCUGUUUGAGUUGACGCAGGCUGGCAUCCCUUGUGAAUACACACAUUUGGGCGCCAUACCCUUACUCGCAUCUAAGAUUUCUCUUUUGCUACUUGGCGCCCAUGCUUUACUCAACAACGGUUACGUUCUCUCGCGUAUUGGUACCGCUCAGUUAGCUAAUAUAGUAAGUCGGAUUUCUCAAGCUCCUGUUCUUGUUUGUGCUGAAACCUACAAAUUCUGGGAUCGAGCUCAGUCCGAUGCAUUUGAGUAUAACGAAUUAGCUGACCCGGACGCCAUUUGGAAAUCAAGCAAUGAAGGGCUUCUGGCCGAAAGUGAUUCAAAGCAAGUUUAG